AGUCGAUACAGCACGCCUCUGCAGCAGUAACCGCAGGCUUCGUGCGUAUCUCUGUGUGUGGGCCCGUGUGUUAGCCGACUCAAAAUGUACCGUCGAAAUUCGCUGUUCCGGCUGUAAAUAGCGGCGACAUUUCAAAACCGUUGCUUCCACUUUCCUACCCUUCCUUCCUGUUAAGUGACUGCUUUCGACGGGUGGAAUCACAGGACAGCCACCAUGAGCGGUAGAGUGGGUGAUCUAACGGACCAGCAAAUGACAGCGCUCGACCAGCUCAGGGCCAACGUUGACGAUAUCUUACGACCCAGUCAUGACGACUACUACUUGUUACGAUGGCUCAGAGCGCGAAAUUUCAACGUCGCCCAAGCGGAGUCGAUGUUGCGAGAGAACUUGCAGUGGAGAAAGCAGAACAACAUCGACGCAAUUUUAGACGACUACGAGCCAACCGAGGUCCUCAAGAAAUACUACCCAGGCGGUUUAGUUGGUCACGACAAAGAAGGAUGUCCCUUAUGGAUCAUACCCUUCGGCUACACGGAUAUAAAAGGUCUGUUUUACUCAGUAAAGAAAAAGGACUUCACGAGGCAUAUAAUACAGCAGCUAGAGUACAGUGCACAAGACAUGGCGGCGCAGAGCGAAAAGCUUGGCAAAGUCAUAGAAAUGCACAGUUUCAUAUUUGACCUCGAAAAUUUCAACCUGAAACAAAUUGCGUGGAAGCCAGCCUUGGACAUGAUUAUUUAUCUGGUGACGAUGUACGAAGACAAUUACCCGGAAAUGCUCAAGAAGGCAUACGUGAUCAAUGCACCCAAGAUUUACCCCAUCAUCUACAACAUGGUAAAGCCUUUUCUCAGCGAGGAAACGGCAAAGAAAAUUCACGUCUUUGGAAAAGACAACUGGAAGAAAGCACUUCUCCAAGACAUCGAACCCGAAGAGCUCCCUCUUCAUUGGGGUGGCACGAAGACAGGUCCCGAUGGAGACCCGCGGUGCUCAGACAUUGUGGGCACAGGUGGCCCAGUCCCAUGUUCCUAUUACACUGCCCCGUCUCGGCGGCUGUCAACGGAACAGAACCUCAAGAUGUGCGUGGUGGAGAAGAAGUCUUCGGUGCCUCUAACGGUAGACGUGGAGGAAGCAGGAUCAGUCCUACGGUGGGAGUUCCAGACAGAGAACUACGAUAUCGGCUUCGGAGUCUUCUACAUCGCGGAUAGGUCUUCAUCUCAGGCUGGCACCAUGCAGGAAGUGGUCGCCAUGCAGCGGGUCAACUGCCAUCUGGUUCCAGAAGAUGGAAUGUACAUAUGUACAAACCCCGGGAAAUAUGUCCUCAAGUUCGACAACAGCUUCAGUUGGUACCGCAGCAAGAAACUGCUGUACCACUACCAAGUAAUACCUCCUUCAGCUGCUUGAACACCCAAAGGUGUUCGACACCACAAUGGCGGUGCAGUGAAGCCGGAUACCAUUCCAUCCAUCGAAGAGGAAGAUGAUGAAAGAAAAAAAUCGUGUUGUGAAUAUUUGUUGCCAGACUUUGUUAUCUGAAUGUGUCACGUGUUGUUCUCACUCCGGGUCCUUCACUCGGAUCUCUCAGCAUCUAUAAAUAGUUCUCAAACCAGUGUGAUCGAUAUGUGAUGUCCGGGAUAUAUUACCAUGUAACAUUCGCAGAUUGAUUUAUUGGUUGGCAUCCUCCUUUUUCCGGCUCAGUUCUUUCUUCCUAAAAUUUGUCAAAAAUAAUAGAAAUCAAUAUGGUCUUUGCGGAACUUCGGUACGAGCAAAUUAUAUGAAAAUCUUCUACGGUAUGAAAAGUUACAAAAAGGAUUGGGUAUUGACCGUGAAACUUGUUCUCACGGCACUGUAAUUUUGGGGCUGAUCCAUUAAGUUUAUCUUGGGUUAUUCUUGUAUUCUAUGGAGUGAAGCCUUUCUAAGCUUCUGUUGCAGUUGGAUAUAGUAAUCAGGCAGAAUUUUAAAAAAUCCACCUCUCCCGACAGAUAAUCUCUGGAUGAUGUUCCCCCUCAAAGAGUCUUUCAAGAAGUACGGGAUGAUUUACGAAAGCCAUUCAAGUUGUAAUUGCACCGGGAAAACAUAUGAAGCAACAUCUGCCCCGACUGUCUCAAUACAGCCCCCACUAGACAUUUAUAACCAAAUUUCCAUUAGAAACUUUUGCAGGCGAUAUUAUAUUAUUUAAAGAAAAAUUAAAAUAUGUCCUUCGGAGAAAGAAGACAUCUCCAUGGCUGUUUAGGAAGGGUUAGAUGUCGUUCCCGUUUUUCCUUGUGUCGUGUGAACGGCUUGCAUGAAGCACCCUGUACGGCACAUAUUUAACAGCAAUAUCAUAAAAAGUUAUGACUACUUAUGCGUCAUGUUGUAUUUCAACAGUUUCUUUUUUUCCUCAGGAAUGAUGCGUACGCGAGCAAUUUCGUUGCUUCAAUUCGUGUAGUCCUCUGCAUUCCCAGUGAGCUACAUGCUUGAUAUACACACACGAAGGGCGUCGUUGUUCGUCAACGGAUCAUAGAUUUCGUUGCAUCGCUUGUCUGGUUUUAGUGGGACAGACUAUAUGAUUUUUAUGAACUGGCAGCGUCUUUGAUGAUUCUCGAUAAAAGUUAUUACCCGGGCGCUUUGCGGCCCCGAAGAAAUAAGGAGUAGUCACGCACAAAACACUGUUUGGGUUCUGAGCAUGCGCAGAGACGACUCAUAACAUUUUAGGUGUCCCACAGCGCUCCCGUAGGGUAUUCGAAAACCGACGGUAAGCGACGAAAGCGAGCGUUUAAAGGGAGAUGAUUUCUCCCUUUAAUUUUUAAGACAGCUAUUUCUGAUAAAGUGACCGCGCAGAAUUAAUUCUAAAUGUGUUUCUAUUCGUAUUGAGGUCGUUAAAAUCGAUAUUAUUUCGUGCAAGGCGGAAAAGAACAAAUGGAACAAAUGCCGCGGGAGCAUAUGGACGGUUGUGCAUGUCCGAAGAAGUGGGUGAUGCUACAAAUCGUGGCGAUUUAAAUGGUAUAUACAAUACGCUCUAUAGACCACAGCGCUUAUCAUAUUCCGACUCACGACGAUUUUGCUCUUUCAUAACAGUGGAUUUCGGCAUGUCCAUCAGAAGUAAGAAAAAAUUCGCUCGUUAAGGUAAUAAGUAAGGUUCUCGGUGCUUAACGACCGUGGUGACCUUUGACAUUUGGUGUUGUCGAAUAUCAGAACCAAAAUAUCUUUUAAAGGCAAUGUAACAAUGACAUUUGGAUCAUUGUAAGGAGGAGCCCAAGCACAAAAACUGUGCCAGUCGCGCCACGAACUGGGUGACGUGAAAGCUCAUAUGCGUUAGCUACUAAAAGGGUGACUUCGCACGAAAUUUUCUACCUCGUAAAAUAGUAAUGUGGCGAAAAGUUAGUAUGAAGUACGUAAAACACACACGAUGUAUAGUGUCGCCAGCACAAGCAGUUAAAGGGGCACUGAAAUGCAAAAACAAGUUCACUUCAAAUUACGUUACACGCUAUGUUAAUUUCGUACGUGUUAUCAUAAUUCAAAACUUUUAUUCCGUUACGAAGCUACCAAUCAAAAUUAUACCGUACCCUUUCUUGCUUCGGCGUUAAGCAGUGAACGACGCUUCAGCUCGUGCAUCGGUGUUCUUAGUCCAAGUUGCGCGUGCUACGCCAUGGAGCAGCCCCCAUGAAAAACAAAGUGCGCGUUGCGAAGGGGACUGGCGUCGCUGUCCGAAAAACGUGAAGAUAAAUGUUAUCAGUGGAAAAUUCGCGAGAACUGUUGUACGCUACAGUUCAGUGAAUCGGCAUUGGAAAAUGUAGCAGUGCGCAUCAUGCCGCGCAUAUACGGAACGCUACGAUCGGACCCGUUUCAAAUCCACACGCGCAUGCGCGCGCUUCUCCUGCUGUCUCAUUGGAUGCGGCCAAUGUUUGCCUCCUGGGGAUCCUAUUCGUUGCAGUCAGAGACGGCUCUGCUCUCAUUGCGCUUUUCUUCUAGACGGUAGCGUUGUGCGAACUAAUUUUGUUUGAAUUGCACUAAUUGGAACACGGACCUUCAUUUGAGAGCAAGUUGUUUUUUCAUUUUAGUGCCCCUUUAAAAGCAGUACGCUGCGCAAAGUAGUGGCGUCAAACACGUGAAAACCUACAUUCUGUGAUAAUUUUAGCGACGCCGUGGGCUACACGUCUCAGCAGAAAAAGGAGAGAUUUUAGUCCUUUUGUGGAUUAGGUGCAUUGUCACAACUAUGGCGAAUUUUAGGGACUAUUUUUUCAGUGCUGGGAAGUAAAUUUCGGGGUCAGGUGACUAAAAUGGGGAGUAAUUACAGUCUAAAGGACUUCUUAUUGAGCAUACGCGGUUUUCAAUAUCGCUCUUACACCCUUUGAAUAGUUACAUCGCAAAGUGCUUUUACGGGCAGACAGAAUACGAAAAAGCACACGAGCCGCCAUUUAAGUUCAUAUAUUCGGCAGAACCGUAUCGAUCCGACAGAAGCCCAGCAACUAAUUAGAGCAGCCGUGUGCGUCCAAUUUGCACUUCGUAACGAAUUGGUCCAGUGGUAGCACUGAAAACGUCCGAAUGUAUACCUUGCAUUGGAACGAUAUAUUGUCCCGAGUAAUUUUCGUGCGCCGAUCGCAUCCAUUUUAACAACGGCUAUAGCCUGUACUUUAAGGCUUCGAACGACGUCAAGCGCUCUCGUUUAAGUGCUCUCUCUCUCUCCCAACUUAAACUAAAUAUGUCUUUCCUCAGCUUCCGCGUCCUUUCGCGUGAACCUGCAACGGCUGACGUUUCAAUAAACAUAAAUGUGAUAAUAGCGAGUGUGAUAUAACUGUUAUAUACAAACGUUUAUAGUGGCUUGCAUGCAACGUGGUCCAGUGCUAUACAUACGAGAGACACUGCAGCUCCAGAAUCAGUUUGUAUGUACGUAUAACUAUAUCGUUAGUUGUUUAGCGCUCACUCUGGAGCCGCACAGGAACCACGUGUGAUAUUCUUUGUAAUAGCAGGGUCGGAUACACGAAAGAUAGCUCGGCGACCUACACGAGGAAUAUAGCUGAUAAUGUAGAAACGAGGAACGGAGAAAUCGAAAAAUCAGUCAUCCCUAUCACACACCGACAACAAAUACACGGUGUGAUGAAUGAGGCAGGCUAUACAUUGGUCAGUAUGUGAUAGAAAGUGACGAGGUGAUGUGUGAAUAGUGAUCCAAGUCUUAUUAUUUGACAUACAGUUACGUACGCCAGAAUAAACAGCCAAUGAGGAAUUGAAUAAAGAGUUAAGGUAAAAGCGAAUUCAAGUAUAUGUUCGUCAGUGAUCACUGUUCGUCGAGCAUAUGUUCCCUCAAACAUUACGCAUUUCGUAAGUGCUCUCUAUUGCGUCGUAAGUGCGUUUUGUUAUCGUCCGUGGAGCGAUAUGAAUAUUAAUUGCUUUUAUGCGAUUUCCUCUUGUUCUUUGUAACGUGCUUGCUGUCUCUGGAAAUCCGUUAACUUUUUGCGCGUGAACCUGUGGAUCGAUGAUCAAAUCAGAUUUACUACCGCGUGGAGGAUGGACUUGCGGUCUCGAACUAAGAUAUCACUUCAGUAAUCUGUGAACCGCCUACAGUAAAGUGCUUCAGUAAUCUGUUCGACGUCAUUAGCGAGAGAAAGCAACGUGGACAAAAAGGCGGAUUCGUCAGAAUUCCGGUAGACAGUCUCAUUGUGAAGAAUGAUAUGUUUUUGCUAUGCUCUUACGAAUAUUAAAGUGCGCCACCUAGUUUUGUUCAAACCAAGCAGGGCCUGUUAAGCUGCCGUAUGUGCCAUCUGAACUGCGACCUUACACCGCUUUAUGUUGCUGAUCAUACUGUAUUUAAUAUAUGUAUGCCUCAUGUACACCAAGCACGAAAAUAUUUCCAAGCAAUAACAAAAUUAUGUUGCGUUCCUGACAAAUAGAACUGUUACACAGUUCAGUUCAUACGAAAAUUUUAUCGUGGAUUUCCUGCGGGGCUGGAACAGGUAACAGUAGUGUAGAGACCGAUAAGUCAUAGUGUGUAUGCAAAAGGUUUUCGCCAUGCCGCUGUGUAGGACACAGUAGAACGUAAGUCACUACAGUAUGACGAAGAGUAAAUUAUCACCAGCAAAAAUACAACGCGGAGUCGACACAAAUCACUGAAUUUCAUAAGAAGGCACUAUAGGCCUGAAAUGCAUGGACUGUUUACGUUGCAUGCACUGUUUAGGAUGGUGAGAGUCUCACAUGGGAAUCUGGUCUGUUGAUCGUUGUUAAAGAUAUAAUGUUAUUCCUGUCAUUUCGUGUGGCUUCUGCUUCUUUUAUCUGUUUCGUCGGAAGCCUCUUGUCUGUUUCUUAAAAGUGGAAAGAAUAAAAGGUGGAAGCAC